AGGACUGGCCGUGACGUCCUUUCUGCACCCGCCAGGGCGGAGGAGCCUGAGGCUCGUCAUGGAGUAUCUGCCCAAAGGCUGCCUGAGGGAGUAUCUGCAGAAGAACCAGGAGCGCCUGGACCACAAGCGGCUGCUGCUGUACGCGUGGCAGAUAUGUAAGGGCAUGGAGUACCUGGGAUCCCAGCGCUACGUUCACAGAGACUUGGCCAGCAGGAACAUCCUGGUGGAGAACGAGACCCACGUGAAGAUCGGGGACUUCGGCCUGGCCAAGCUGCUCCCCCAGGACAAGGAGUACUACGUGGUGCGGGAGCCGGGACAGAGCCCCGUGUUCUGGUACGCGCCUGAGUCCCUGUCGGAUAACGUGUUCUCCCGCGAGUCCGACGUCUGGAGCUUUGGAGUCGUCCUUUACGAGCUCUUCACGUACAGCAACAGAAGCCAAAGCCCCUCCGAGGAAUUUCUCCGCAUGAUGGGACUCGACAAGCCCAUGCCGAUUAUUUGCCACCUGCUGGAGCUGCUGAAGGACGACAGGCGGCUCCCUGCGCCCCCCGGCUGCCCCGCCGAGGUGCACGGCUUGAUGCUGAGCUGCUGGGCCUUCAGCCAGAGCAAGAGGCCCAAAUUCAGCGAGCUGGGGCCGAAGCUCGAGGCGCUGCGCGACAGCCGGAGCAAGGUCCGAGGCUAGCAGGACCGGGGGAGGGGCGGCCCAGGGGCCCCCCCGCUCCCGUCUGGACUUGUCACCACCCCUCGCCCCUGAGAGGCGAGACCCGGCCACGCACGCCUGGGGCGCCGCUGACUGCGGGGUCAUGAGCUGCGCAGGGUCCCACGCACGGGCCCAUGCUGUGAAACUGCAGGGACUGAACCCGGGGGAGGGCCCUCGCCCCCAGAGAAGAGGACGGCGGGACACACAGGGGGCUUGACGAGGGCUCUGGCAGCCCAGGCUCCGGGGCUAAGCCAGACGCAUGCUCGAGGCAGGGCAGCAAAGGGUCCCGGGUUUGCUGCCGAGGUCUCUGAUCCCGCCAAGGCUCCUGUGGAGACACGUUCCUCCUCCGCAGCUUGGCAGGCUGGGGGCCGGGACCAGACUGCCAGCCCCAGAG